UUCUCUAAGCUAACAAAGACGUGGUUCGCUGCUUUUGUUCACGGAAUAGUCAUUUUUAGUGAGUGUAGUCAACAUUGUAUUAAAAAGAGGAAGCAACUUGGGGCUGAAAGUUCAGGCUAAACGUAGUGUGUGAUUUAGUAAUUUUAGCUCCACUUCAAAGAUGACUGCAAUUGGAAUUGAUCUUGGCACAUCCUAUUCAUGCGUAGCAGUUUUCAGAAACAAUCGGGCUGAAAUCAUCGCAAACGAUGAAGGCAACAGAGUUACUCCGUCAUGUGUAUCAUUUACAGAUACGGAGAGACUUAUUGGUGAUGAAGCAAAAUCUGAAGAAUCAAUGAAUUAUGCGAAUACCUUAUUACAAAUCAAGCGUUUGAUCGGUCGCACAUAUGACGAAGAAAUUGUUCAAAAAGAUUUGAAAUUACUUGGGUUCGAAGUUCUCAACAAAGACAACAAACCACAAAUACAGGUCAAUUAUUUGAACAAAGUGACUACUUUUUAUCCAGAAGAAGUAAGUGCUAUGGUGCUUACUCAUCUGAAAGAAGCAGCAGAAGCUUAUAUUGGGAGUAAAGUCACUGAUGCUGUUAUAACAGUUCCAGCUUAUUUCAAUGAUUCACAAAGAAAAGAAACCAAACAUGCUGGCGAAAUAGCUGGGUUUAACGUACUUCAGUUAUUGAACGAACCCACUGCAGCCGCUAUAGCAUAUGGAAUUGAGAAUGAGGAUGAAGGCGCGCGAAAUAUUCUAAUAUUCGAUCUUGGGGGAGGAACGUUUGACGUUACGGUGAUGUCAAUAAAAAAUAAUGUAUUUGAAGUUAAAGCAACAGGAGGAGACACUCAUUUAGGAGGUGAAGACCUUGAUAAUCGAAUGGUUGAUUACUUUUCCAAGAUGUUUAAUGAAAUGCACAAUGUAAAUAUGAUGAAUAGUAAAAGAGCAUUGAGUCGACUGCGAGUCGCAUGUGAAGCAGCCAAGAAAAAACUAUCUGUUGCGACACACGCAAAGAUACAGAUAGAUGGACUCUAUAACGGCAUUGAUUUCAAAACUACUUUCAGUAGAGCCACGUUCGAAAAUCUAAAUAAUUACUACUUUGACAAAACCAUCAAAACUGUCGAAAAAACUCUCACAGAAGCAAUGUUGGACAAAAACAAGAUUGACGACGUAGUUCUCAUUGGAGGCUCUACAAGAAUUCCAAAAAUUCGUGAGAUGUUGCAGAAAUUUUUCUCUGGAAAAACACUUUAUAAAACCAUUAAUCCAGAUGAGGCAGUGGCACUUGGGGCAGCAGCACAAGCUGAAAACCUUAAAUCAGGCAAGUUUAUUCUUCGCGACAUCGUUCCUCUUUCACUCGGAGUUGAAGUAGAUGGAGAUUUUAUGUCAGCGGUUAUUCUUAAAAAUACAAAAAUCCCAACUACACGCACUAUAAACGUAACAACAGCGCGUGAUGACCAGACAACUCUGAACAUUUCAAUUUAUCAAGGAGAGCGUGCAGCAACCAUCGACAACAUGUUUUUGGGAGCAUUUUUACUUGAAGGAAUACUUCCUGCCCCACGCGGAGUGGCAAGUGUAGAACUUUGCUUUGAAAUAGAUUCAAGUGGAAUUUUGGAUGUGAGCGCUCGAGACAUGAAAUCUGGCCAGAAAAAUAAAAUUAUUAUUAAUGAUGAAAAACGAUUACUGGAAGAAGAUAUUGCUCGAAUGACUGCGGAUGCUGAAAAGUUUAAACAGGCUGACGAGGAAUUGCGGAAUCAACAUAAAUCAAAGAAUGAGCUUGAAGAUUUUGCUCUCAGAACAAAACAAUCCGCUCAAGAUUUAUAUUCGGACCAAAAAAUGACAAAACAUGAAGAAAGUCGUUUAGUGGAAUUAUGUACAGAAACCCUUACCUGGUUAGAUUUGAAUAAGAAAGCCAAUCCAGCAGUACUGAAGCAGAAGAAAAUUGAACUGGAAUCGAUAGCUCAUCCGAUAUUUUCGCAAUUAUAUCUAUUUGAUCAUACAAAAACAAAUUUGCAGAAGAAUUCCACGGAAAAUUACGCAGAAUUUGACAAUGUCAAAAAAUUUCAGAUGCUGAUUCUAUUGCUGCAACUUGGUCCACAUCGCCAAAUUCUAGUACUGAUGAUAGCACAACUUUCAGUAACUCCAACAAUGAGAACAGAGCUGGGCCAUCGAAUUGGGGAAACGGGAGAAGUGCUCUACGCGCUUCAUUAAUUAGUACCGGCCAAAAUGAACAAGAAAGUUUGAAGAAAGUGACAAGUUAUGAUCAAGUACUUAAAAGUCUACGCCAAAAAUUGAAAAAUACAAAUGACGAGGAAGAAGAUUUUUGAGAUUUAUCUUGAACAUUCUUGAGAAUUCCUAAAUAGAUUUCCAAAAUUCAUUACUUGAAUUUAUUAUGCUGAACAUUAAAGACGUUCACAUAACAAUUUGUAAAAUGAUUUACAUACCGUAACUUUAUUUCGUUUAAAUUUGUAACUAUAAUAUACGUUUUAUUAAUUUUAAUGAAUUUAUAUUAUAAGCAACUAUGUAUGUGUGAUUUGAUAUGCCUGGAAUAAUUAAUUGAUGAUCGUUGAUUGCAAAAUGAAAUGCAAAUGAUUUCCAUUCUCAGUGCUAUAAAGCAGGCCCCAUUAAAUGACUCUACCUAGCCUAGCAAAUUGAAAUACCGCAAUCUGCAUUUCCAAAUAAUCUUUAUGUAAAUUUUGACUUUAUUUUUUGAGGUAAAAUAUUUGUAUAUUACGAAGCAUUGUAUAAGUACGAAAUAUAUUCGAUUGAAACGAGCAAUUUUUGAAGUCGAUUUAAAAUUAAAGACAAUUCACUUGUAAGUAGAGGUUACGCGAGACUAACUCUCAAUACUUUCUCAAUUCCUUUGCGCUAGUGAAUCCGUAUGCGUAUAAUGCAAGGAUGCUGUAGCGAGAAUAAACAUGACCAUACUAUAAAUUUAAGAGUCCUGUUGCACACUAACACAAAUUAUUUCUGUAACGUUUUGUCUGACGAAAAUCAGACUUUCUCAGCCAAAGAGUUACGACAAUCACAAUAAAUUGUUUGUCUGAGGAAAUUUGAUUUUUGUCAGACGAAACGUUACAGAAGUAUAUUUGUGUUGGUGAACAGCAGGACCUUUGAAUUGCAUAGUAAAUUCACAGACAAUUCUUUAUUUUGGGCCUUAUCGUGGUAUGAUUUGCAAAUAUUUCCAAGAAAGAUAUUUUAUUGGUAUUUUGUUCUGGUGUUAUUAUUAUCAUAUUAACUGAUACCCGACUAAAUUUUUAGCUCUGAAAGUUAGACAAUGUCACUCAAAAAUAUUUACUUUUUCAUGUACCUUUGGAUCAUACUGGACGUGAUAUCUCACUCAAAUAUUUGGCGCUCCUGAAGUAUGAGUACCAAUAUGAAGGUAAUUAAUUUUGUUCGCCUAUUUUACAUCAAUUUGUGUAAAGGGACUGAAACCUAUGGACAGGGAAUAUUCACUUGACUAACACUGGCAGUCCCCGAGCUCGUAAUAGAACUGAAACAGGUAAAAUCGGAACUAAAUCAUGGCCUAACCCUAAACUGGUACUCAUACUUUGAGAGUACCGAAAAUGUUGCGGUUCAUGCAGGAACACGAUAUUUUUCUGUUUCUGACGACUAUUUCAGCAUAUUCGAUGCUCAACUAAAGCUUUACCGCUACUGGUAAACGAGCAUGGUGUGCAUAUAUUUGAGAUUUUACAUUUGAAUGAACAUGUAUAUAUAUAUUUUGUAUGAAUUUUAUCGAACUCGAAACACUCACUUUUAGAUGAUUAAGUAAAGGAAAGUAUGAGAGAUAUCGUAGAGUAGAAGUAUCUUUUUGAUUGCAAUAAUUUUGUACAAAAAUAGAAAAUGAACUUUUCAAACUAAUUUUUUUUUACUCAACCCACUUGUUGUCAGCCCUCUUAGCGGCUGUUAAAUAGCCUCACCAUCGCAUUAGGAUUUCCCAAACUUGUGGUAAUUACCACCAAAUGGGGGUAAUUUGGCAUUUUUUGGGGUAAUCUGGACAUUCACUCUUCAACAAGUUUUUUUGAAAUCCACGUACUUUUGACAAGUGUGCGGAAAAGCUGGACAUUCAUUGCUCGCAUCUAGGCAAUGAGCCUAGUCAUCCACUCAAACGGUUCGUAGGGACAUAAAAAAUGGAACCUUGCAACAGAAUGUAGGCUAAAAUGCUAAUCUAGCAUCUUAAAAUCGGAUCAGAAGAUUCAAUAGGUGUUACUAUUAUCACAAUUUCUGGUCAAGAUAAAUUGGACAACGAUAUGACUGUUAUAGUUUUAUGUUGCGGGUGAUUGAGCUUUUAGUAAUUCGAUUUAGGGGUGACGAUACUAAAAAGUUUGGGAACCACUGCACCAGACAAACUAUAUUUGCGCUUUUAUUUAUACCACGCACCAAAGAAAUGUGUAAAUCAAAGGUCGCUCAUAUCACUUAGGCUUUAUUGAACAUUUAUUGAUUGUAAUUGCUUUCUAAUACUGGAUUUUUU